GAUGACGAAGAGUUGCUCGAAGACCCUCCUAACUCUAUCAAUCCUUACGAGGUUCUUGGCAUCGAGAAGGCUGCAACAGCCGACCAAAUCAAAUCAGCAUAUCGCAAAUCUGCGCUGAUCCACCAUCCAGACAAGGCGCAACCAGAGAACAAAGAAGCUGCACACAAGAAGUUUCAAGAAAUCGCCUUCGCAUACGCUAUCCUCUCUGAUGAGCGACGUCGCAAGCGCUAUGAUAUCACUGGUCGAACGGAAGAGUCUUUGGACCUCGACGAUGACGGCUUCAACUGGAUGGACUUCUACAAGGCUGAAUUUGAGGAUGUGGUCACCGGGGACGCAAUUGAAAAGUUCAAGAAGGAGUACAAAGGAAGUGACGAGGAGAGGCAGGCGCUGUUCAACGCAUAUGAAGAAUAUGAGGGCGACUUAAACCAGAUAUACUCAGUCAUAAUGCUCAGCGAUCCGCUAGAGGACGAGCCAAGAUUCAAGAAGUGGCUGGACGAGGCGAUUAAGUCAGGUCAGUUGCCGGAUCACCCUAAAUACACCAAAGAGACAGCAAAAAGUCGAAAGCAACGGAUGAACCAGGCAAAAAGCGAAGGGAAAGAAGCCAUGGAAUAUGCGAAGGAACUGGGCGUUGCGGAUAAGCUGUUUGGUUCUGGCAGUAAGAAACCUGGUGGGAAGGGAAGUGAAGACGCUUUGGCAGCUCUCAUUCAGCAACGGCAAAAGUCUCGGGCUGGGAAUUUUCUUGCGGACCUAGAAGCCCGAUACGCGCCGAAACCAAAAGGGAGUAAGAAGAGAGCUACACCCUGCACGGAUGAGCCUCCUGAGGAGGCUUUCCAAAGAAAUGCUACCAAGUCCAAGGAGAGCAAGGCGGCG